AUGAUUCGCAAACAAGCCCGCCAACGUCGCGACUAUCUUUAUCGUCGAGCUCUGACUCUCCGUGAUGCUGAGAUCUCUGAGAAACGGGCGAAACUUCGAUCGUCUUUAGCCUCUGGAAAACCUUUAGAUCCUGCGAUUGCGAAUGACAAGACAUUACGGCAGGAUUACAAGUACGAUGAAUCGAAGGCGGACAGGACCACAAAUGAAGAGCUGGAUUUGGACGACGAAUAUGCGCAGCUAUCGGGAAUUGUUGAUCCGCGUGUUCUGAUCUCUACCUCGAGAGAUCCUUCAACCCGACUUUCCUCGUUUGCGAAAGAGAUUCGACUAUUGCUUCCAACAUCCAUCCGAUUGAAUCGUGGUAACCUAAUCCUUCCAAACUUGGUACAAUCGGCACAAGCGUCUGGUCUUUCGGACAUUAUCUUGUUACAUGAGCACAGAGGAACACCGACGGCUUUAACAUUGUCGCACUUUCCACAUGGCCCGACUCUCUCGUUUUCCCUUCACAAUGUCGUUCUUCGCCACGAUAUUCCCAACAGUUCGAGAGGAACUGUAAGCGAGUCGUAUCCUCAUCUCAUAUUCGAAGGAUUCACGUCACGACUCGGACUUCGGAUUGUCAAGGCACUGAAGCACAUUUUCCCGCCACGUGAAGCCAUUACCAACAAGACCAAGCUCGGCAGUAGAGUUGUCACCUUUAAAAAUAUUGAAGAUACCAUUGAAGUACGACACCACGUAUUCGUGAAAACUGGAUAUCAGAGCGUGGAGUUGGCAGAAGUUGGACCCCGUAUGUCCAUGAGGUGCUUUGAGAUUCGGGGAGGAACGUUGGAGAAUAAAGACGGAGACGUUGAAUGGCGGCUGAACCAGUACACCAGAACGAGCAGGAAGAAGGAUUAUUUAUGA